GGACGAUAUCAGGGCGCAGCUGAGCCCAUGCACCGUACCGUGAGUGUUCUUUUCUUUCGUGCACUGCGUUGAGUCGUUGACAUUCGCGCCAAGGCAGACGAGAACAGGGCUGCAAGAUGCGACGCAAGCGAAUCGACUCGUGCCAGGAGUGCAAGAAGAAGGAGAGGAGAAAGAGGAGCAGGGAGGGGAAGGGGACGAGGUCGAAGGCCAGGACGACUCGUGCGGUUUUAUUGACGACGAGACGGUCCACCGCAUCGACGACUGGCGCUCCGCCGUGUGGAACCUGCCGAGCAAGGUGCCCUAUGCGCCGAGUGCAACGACCACAGCGCCCUCGAGCUGCCUUGGCUUUGGGUCCCCGAUGGCGCGCAUGCAGAGCAGCUGGCAGCACGCUGCCAACAUGAGCUUUGCCGAGACACCCACGAGCAGAGCGGCCAAGCGGUCUACGAUGGGCUCCUCGGUGCUGACCAGCAUCAGCCGCCGCCCUAUCAAGGCCGCCGAGGCGGUGGUCGCAGCGACGGAGCUGGCGCACCACGUCGAGAGCGCACUCGCGUCAUCGGCCCUGCUCGACAUUGCGCCCAGUCCAGAAAAGCAGAAGUCAAAGCAGUCGCAGCCAAAGCAGCACACACAUCACCAUCACAGGCGAAGCCGGCCCUAUCACCUGGCACCGAGACCCCAGGAGGCGCUGACGAGGGUCAGCGAGAAGCCGUCGCUGCUUUCGCAGGACUCGCCGAGCCACCAACGACCGAGCAUACCCUUUGACCUCUUUGCUGCGGCUGCUGCUGCUGCCGAGGGUGCGUCUGCGCCUGCACCUGCACCUCCCUCGCUGUCGGACUCGCCGUUCAAGGAUGCCUCUGGCGCUCGGCAGGUCUGGACAGUGGACACGGCCAACGAGGAGAAGUGGGGGGACUUUGCGCCGAGGCAGCAGGGCGUGCCCCACCUGCUUCCACCGACCGACACGGCUGCAGCUAGGAAUCACGUUCAGGAGUGCUUAGGAGACGAGGGUCAUCGACAAGAAAGCAUCGACAGUGGACAGGGACUGAGAAAGGGGAAAGGAAAAGAAAAGGAACGGACAUCGGCCGACAUGCAGAGCAGCCCGUCCAGCCAUGCGCAGGCAGAAGCUUCACCAUCGAUGAGCCCCAACCCCAGCCCUAGUCCACGGCCAGCGGCAGCAGCCGUAGCGCCAGGCACCGCGCCUCGAUGGAUGACGGCGGGGACGAGGCACCUGCACACGAUGAGCGAUGCCCAGGCCCACAUCCUCUUUGGCGAUCUUUUCUUUGGAACUGCACCGCCGUUUUUGCGAGAGGUUGUCGCUGCUUCGCCGCCGCUCAUUCACCAGCUUGGAGCAAGCGAGAGCGGCAGCGGCGGCCGUGAUGAACAAGAAGGGGGAGAUGAGCAGGAGGGCGAUGACACGGCGCCUUCGCCUCCGCUUUCGCCUAGCUCUCAAGCCCAGGUGCAGUUGUCGUCGACCCCUUCCAAUGCGUUUCGACGAGAGGGGUCACCGCUGCACCUCUCUUCGGCGAGCGAAGGAGCAAGGAGAAAGAGCAUCGACUGGAGCCAGCUCAUCGAGCUUGCUGCUCUCGUCGAUGUGGUCAAGCCCGCCGCCAGGAGCAAUUCGGACUGGGCACCAGAGCCCCCAGCGCAGGGUAACGCUAGCGGUGGCCAUUCACUGCGUCCUCCGAUCAUCACGGUCGGUCUGGGGCCACUGAACGAUAUGUGGCCUGAGUCGGCGGAAGCGACGAGAAGCCUGCCAGAUGAGUUGGCCUCCUCGCCUCGAACGCCGACGAUCAGUGCCACUCCUCCUUCUCCUCGGCCACCAACUGCCCUGUCGGGCCGUCCGGGAUCGCACGAGACGAGCCAAGAAGAGGGCAGCCCGCUGCGCACGAUUGAGCGCGCACUUGCGCAGCUGUCGGAGCAGGUCAUGGCCCAGGGCGACCAGACACAUGCACUCGAGACGCGCGUCCGACUGCUCGAGGAGACGGUCUUUGUUGCAGAGAGGUAGCUUCCACACACUCCUUUCUUUCACACUGUUAUGCACCAUCGCACAGCACAUCACAUCACCGCUCGCUUUGUACUCUCACCACACAACUAGUCUCAUGAGAUCUUGAGUCCAAUGUCAAAGCGACGACCCCA